GCUUGAUUUGAGCAACCAUAUUUCUAGACUCUCAUACCCUCUUCUUUCACAAUCAGUCAUCUACUUACGAUGCUUGGAUCUAUUUCGUCUCUGCCACGGCGCGCUGUUUUAUCUAAUUCCCAAACCAUACAGUGCAACGCCCAACAAAUUCGACAUGCAACUCUCAUACGCAGGCCAAAGAGACCAUACACAUUCACCCAGUUGGUGACGCUUUCAGAUGGAAGCACUUACCUUCAUCGUACGACUUCGCCUGUCCCUGUCUACAAAGCCACGAAAGAUGUCCGCAACUCUCCACUGUGGAAUCCUUCUAGUCGAAAAUUGUUGAACGUAGAAGAUGAUGAAGCCGGUAAAUUGGCAGGCUUCAGAUCAAGAUAUGGUAACGCAUGGGAUACUGGAAGCGCCAUUGAUGCAGAUGGACAGGCCACACCCAAGGGUGAAGGCGAAUCGAAACUACACGAUAAAUCGGAAGAUAACCUGAUAGAUAUGAUUGGAAGCUAUCAUCUUAAUGAAGCUAAGACGACGGUAGUAGCCAGGGGUAUAUCAGGGAAGAAUUCGGCUAAAGAGAGCGAAAGGAAAUGAAAACGCGGUGUUGGGAGACUCUAGAAGGUGUCAAGCAGAGAAACAUUGCAGUUUCCUCAUCCGUAGUGUCAAAAUCUACGGAAUUCAGAAAGGAACUCUUUGUAAGGACUCAAAUUAUGAGCAAAAAGCGUUAGCAGUUCUUGCGCAUUGUCAGUUAAGCCAUACACAUAAUGUCUGAAGUUAGCUGGCGAUGCUAGAAAAAUUCCGCUGAUGUCUUGGUACAUCUUAAGCAUCACGAUCUGUACUAUAUCUCUUGCAUCCUGAAUUCAAUGAUUGGGCUGAUUUCUUGGGGUGAAAAGCCAUGACAUCCUUAACUUACCACGGCUUUAAACAGUGAUGUGUUAAUAAAAUAGACAAGACGUAU